CGCUUGGUGACUGAUCCUAUCUUCCCGUUCACCUCUUUGAUCACAUAGUACUCCUCCUCUGGUAAGCCCUCCGAUCUCGAUCACCUCUUGUCAGUUUAGACUGCCACAGGGCUAAUAUAUCGAAUUUCCAGCUGGCGCAUCGCGUCACCAUGGAUCCCCUUAAGGAGAAACCAGUCCCCUUGGAUGAAAAGCCCCAUGAGUCCGAGGCCUCCUCCUCCACCCAGGCCGAUGUCAUCGCCGAGGUCCCCGCCGAAAAGGCGGCCGAUCCCACCCUUCCCAAGUCGCAGUCGGACGACCCGGUUGCUGGGACCAUGGACCAGGUGGAAGAGACCUUCACCGACAAGGUCGAGCUGACCGAAAAUGAUUGCUACCACGAGCUGGGCUAUUCCUUCCCCCGCUGGCGGAAGUGGAUGAUCAUCACCGUCAUCUUCCUCGUCCAGACCUCCAUGAACUUCAACACCAGCCUGUACUCCAAUGCCUUGACGGGCAUCUCCGCCGAAUUCGACGUGAGCAUGCAGGCCGCUCGCUGCGGCGCCAUGAUCUUCCUAGUCCUGUAUGCCUUCGGCUGCGAGCUGUGGGCGCCUUGGAGCGAGGAACUGGGCCGGAAGCCCAUCCUGCAGGCCAGUCUCUUCCUCGUCAACAUCUGGCAGCUGCCCGUCGCCAUCGCACCCAACUUCGCCUCCAUUAUGCUCCGCCGGGGUUCCGUCACCUUGGGCAUGAUUGCCGACCUGUGGGAGGCCGAGGACCAGCAGUAUGCCGUCGCCUGCGUGGUCUUCUCCUCCGUGGGGGGCUCCGUCAUCGGUCCCGUGGUCGGUGGCUUUGUCGAGGCCAACUUGGCGUGGCGGUGGAACAUCUGGAUCCAGCUGAUCUUUGGCGUUUUCGUCCAGGUGGCCCACCUCAUCCUCGUGCCGGAGACCCGCACCACCAUCCUGAUGGAUCGCAUCGCUAAGAAACGAAGACAGAGUGGCGAGGAUCCCCAUGUCUACGGGCCCAACGAGAUCUUCCCGUACCGCGAGCGCUUCUCCAUGCGGGAAAUCCUCCUGACCUGGAUCCGCCCCUUCAAGAUGUUCCUCACGGAGCCCAUUGUCUUGACCUUGUCCUUGCUCAGUGGCUUCAGCGAUGCUCUGAUCUUCAUGUUCAUCCAGUCGUUUGGUUUGGUCUAUAAGCAAUGGAACUUCGGCACGGAGGCGCUCGGCCUGUCCUUCAUCCCCAUCCUCGUCGGUUAUUUCAUUGCCUGGGGUGCGUUCAUUCCCGCCAUCAAGCGGAAUAUCCGGGAGCGGCAGUUGCGCCCGGAUGAUGAGCACACCCAAUACGAAUCUCGUCUGUGGUUCUUGCUGUGGACCGCGCCCUGCCUGCCGAUCGGACUGAUUGGCUUUGCCUGGACCAGCCUUGGCCCCCCGGUGCACUGGAUCGGCACCAUGGUGUUCUCCGCCAUCGUGGGCAUUGCCAACUACAGCAUCUACAUGGCCACCAUCGACUACAUGGUCUGCGCGUAUGGGCCAUACUCUGCGUCGGCCACCGGCGGCAACGGAUGGGCCCGAGACUUCCUGGCCGGUGUUCUCACCAUCCCCGCAACGCCCUUCUUUGAGAAUAUCGGCGGCAAGUAUCACCUGGAGUAUGCUUCCACGAUCCUCUUUUGCAUCUCCUUCCUCCUGGUCAUUGCGGUGUACAUCAUCUACUGGAAAGGACCGGCCAUGCGCAAACGCUCGCCGUUUGCGCAGCAGCUAUCGCACGCACGGGCGGAGAUCCAGGUGGACGGACGGCGGCUGUCGAAGAUCCCCUCGGGCUCGCGGGCGAAUUCGUUUGCCCGGUCGCAACAGAACCUGCGGAUCCGACAGAGCAGCUAUAUCCACUCGCGCCCAACCUCCCAGGUUAACUCGCGGGUCAACUCCCGGGUCAAUUCGCGUCGGAACAGUGUUUCGCAGCAGGUCAUCACGCAAUGAAUCUUGCGACUCGUCGCACGACGACACGUGCUAGCCACGACUCAUGAAUCUCCGAUACCCUAAUUCGCCGUCGAAUGUUCGCAUCCGUAGGGCCGAAUCGCGUGGUGCUUCGUAUUGGGCUGCCAGCGAUCGUCUGGCAUGUGCUUUUGUUUCUUUCCCUUUUUCUAUGGCGUCUGGUAUGCGAAGCUGGCGGGAUGCACUGCGCUUUCCGUCUCGUCUGAGAUGGCCGGGCCAGCGAGGGCCGGCCGCUGGCAUUUGGACGCGACCAUUGUUUCAUUUCAACUAUACACAUUUCUGCUGUACUUUGUUUCUUUCUCACUAGUGUCAGUGUGGUUUCACAUCCC